AGAAUCAACCAAAGAUGUUCGAAGCUGGUUUAAUUGUACUUUUCAUUGGAAUAACUUUUUUGUUGUCCCAUAAACAAUGGAGAUCCUUGUUGACCAAGACCUUCAAGUCAAUUGAUAACGAGAAACCUAAACAUACAGAAAAAGAAGAAACCAACUCAAUUUAUGGAAAUGGCGACACCCCAUUACCUGACCCAACACCGUUAAUGAUCACACCAGAACAAGUUGAGAACUAUGAUGAUAGACCAUGGAGACCCUUCAGGUGGCCAUAUCAUCAAACCAUGUCUAUUUUCAAAUUAGAUAUAAACCAUUGGUUAGAUAUGGAUAAAUAUUACAUUCAUUAUAUCAAAGAAAAGGAAAGAAUUUAUAAGAAGUUCGGUGGUGAUAAUUUUGCUAGCUUGCCAGAGGGUAUGGACGCUUGUAUCGAAUUAAUGGAAUGCGUUGCUGAUCAAAUGACCAAAAGAUAUCCCUUGUUAUUUACCAUGUUACAAGAUGAUGAAACUGAUUGGACCAAGGGAAAGAUUAUUAGAAAUGAAAUCACUAAGGAGACCUUAGAUAUGACCAAACCUUUGAAGGAGCAUCCUUUGGUUUAUAUUUCAAAGUUAGCCAAAGAAGAUUUCUAUCUUGUUAAGAAAAAUCCUAAUGACGGAUUACACUAUCUUGUUGCUAUUGGGGUUCCAUUCCCUGGUGGAUCGUUUAGUGUUGCUGCCAAACUUGGUAAGCAUAUUGAUCAGAUUCACGAAGAAGUUCCUUACUACAAGGAAAAGUUAAGAGCAUCAAUGGAAAGAUGGUUUAAUAGAAUGAAACCUAAUGAACCAGUUGAAAGAGCAAGUUGGUAUAUCACUUGGGAUGAUAAGUUGAGAGUGAACAAUGUUUAUCAGUUACCUCAGUUUAGACCAAACUUAGAAGCUGAUUUGAAAUCAGUUGAGCCUAAACAAUACCAUGUUAGAGUUGAAAGGCAAACUUUAAGAAGAUUACCUAAAACCCAGGCAAUUAUUUUCACCAACCAUCCUACUUUCUAUUCGAUUGAAGAAAUGAAAGAUGAACCCAUGAUUCCAAGUUUAAUUAAGAAAAUCAUAUAUGAAGCACCUGAGGCAAUUCUCAAGUACAAGAAUUUUGAAAUCUUUAGAGAUCAUAUUGCAAACUAUCUUGACUCUUUAAUUCAAAGACAAAAGGAAUUAGGUAUCAUAAAUGAUGAGACCCCUUUAAGAACUCAAAAGUCUUAUCCAUUUGCUCAUUGGGUGAAAACUGAUUUUGAUUAUGUCAAUGGUUGGAAUAACCCAAGUCCUUCGUAUAGUAAGCAACAUCGUCAUACUGAAGUAUUUGAUCAAAAUGACUUGGCUGAUAAUGAGUAGAUAGCUUAUGAUAUACAAUUUAUGUCUUUUGUUAACAUAUAGUAAGGUGUUGCUACUUUUCGCAGCAUUUAGUAAAGAAUAUUUCCGAAUUAUAAUAAAAAUCGCAAGUAGUCC